AUGUUCCAGCCGUCUGCGAAGCGCUGCUUCACCAUCGAGUCCCUGGUGGGCAAGGACACCCCCCUGGGCCCCGAGGACCCCCCGCGCCCCGCCGCCCUCGCCUACCCCGGCCCCGCCGCAGCCGCCGACGCCGCCGCCUUCGCCCCCGGCUUCCAGGGAGCCGCCGGCCGGGCCCUCUACGGCAGCGCCGAGCUCGUCUUCCCCGAGGCCGUGGGGCACCCGGCGCUGCCCGUCGGGCCCCCCCAGCUGGGGGGCUCGGCCCUGCCGCACCCACACCCCUUCUUCGGGCCGCAGCACCGCGACCCGCUCAACUUCUACCCCUGGGUGCUGCGGAACCGCUUCUUCGGCCACCGCUUCCAAGGGAGCGAGGUAUCCCAGGAGAGCCUUCUCCUGCACGGCCCCUUCGCCCGGAAACCCAAGCGCAUCCGCACGGCCUUCUCCCCGUCACAGCUCCUGCGGCUGGAACGGGCCUUCGAGAAGAACCACUACGUGGUGGGCGCCGAGAGGAAGCAGCUGGCCAGCAGCCUCAGCCUCUCCGAGACCCAGGUGAAAGUGUGGUUCCAGAACAGGCGGACGAAAUACAAACGGCAGAAGCUGGAGGAGGAAGGCCCCGACUCGGACCAGAAGAAGAAAGGCUCCCACCACAUCAACCGAUGGCGCCUCGCCACCAAGCAGUCGAGCGGAGAAGACAUCGACGUCACCUCCAACGACUAAGGCAGGGACAGGCUCCUGGUGCAGCCACCAUGGAGAGGAACCCGGGGGAGGAAGGGGGGACACAGGCGGCGGCACCACCCAACAACGGACUGUAGGGACGUCGCCGAAGCCGCCGCCGCAUCCCGCGGCCUUCCCUCGGGGCGCC